CCUGGUAAUGAAUAGUAACUAAUAUGGCGGCCACUGCGAAACUUACUUUCAAACUUUGUAGUCAAAUCUGGAUCAGAUGGGAACGCAUUGCGCUUCUUGGUCGUCAUACGCGAGUUACUAUGAGUCACAAGGGACUUACGAUAUGUAAUCGAGGACUAUGUGUGUCCAGCGUUUCCAUACAAAAGAUGCCAGACACUGAAUGGAAAGCAAAACUCACUCCUGAACAAUUUGCCAUCUGCAGACAAAAGGGAACGGAACCACCAUGGUCUGGUCAGUAUGUUGAUUUCAAAGGAAAAGGAAUAUACAAGUGUGUUUGCUGUGGCAGUGAUCUGUUUUGGGAAUAUUUUGUUGGUUUACACAAUUCCAGCUCAUCCACAAAAUUUGAUUCUGGCACUGGUUGGCCAUCAUUCCAUUCUGCUAUAGAAGUAACCUCUAGUGAUGCAACAACACUUCAGCUUUCAGUAGCUGAAAAGCACGAUUACAGCCAUGGUAUGAUUAGAGUUGAAGUACUUUGUCAAGAGUGUGAUUCUCAUCUUGGUCACGUAUUUCCAGACGGUCCUCCACCCACUGGGUUGCGAUACUGUAUCAACAGUGUAUCACUGAAGUUUAAUCCAAACAACAAGGAAUAAUAACAUAGGUGUUAUGAUAAGCUACAGAGUUUCCAUCCUGUUAAGCUGCAGUGCAGUUUUCCCUCUCUUUGAAAUAUGGAAGAAACCAGCGAAGAACUGCCCAAUUUUACUAUCGGCAUUGACCAUUUAGGUCCUAAUCCAACAAGCAACAAAAAUAAAGCCGAAAAAAACUCGCAAGUUACACGUUUCUUAAAUUUGUCUCGAUAACUUCGGGUCUUUGACUUUUAAAACAUUUUUUAGUGA